UCGCAUACAAUUAGAAAGUGUUCGGAUAUGGUUGCUAUAUAAUAGCACUAAAGAGUCGGAAACAGAACAAAAAUACAAGUUAAAGGAGAGCCACGAACUCUCGCGAGAUUCUGAAGUGACUUCACCCGUCCAUCCCGGAAGCCUUUUCAUAGUAAGUCAGAAUAAUGGCCGCCGAGCAAAUCAUCAACUAUUCCGCAAACUGCCCAGUCGUCAUCGAAGGGUCACGCUGGACUCUAUAGCCACACGCCCCGAAGUCGCCGUUUUCGCCGUGCUGGCUGGCUGACCCACAAAUUUCUAUGCAUUGCCAGAGCGCUUGUUGUCGUGUCCCCUCACCAUCAGACCUGAUGUAACGUCAGCCUCAAUCUCUCCAUCGGCCUUGUCCACAGAUCAUAAACACAGCAGGGCGCAAUGAGUCCAUCCACUGCCUGUUUGUGCUCUCUACUCCUGCUAUAAUCACAGGUGCUGCUCAAUUUUUGCCCCUAAUAGUACAGAAGCCAUGUCUGGUUCAGGUGACUUACCAGCUCUCGAAGGUUCCGGGAUGGGUGGGAUGAAGCUCCCCAUCGGCAUGACUCGCCGGGCGCUCAGCUACGACGACAACUUGGAGGCACCCAUGUCCACGCCCCCGCACGACAUCAACAUUACAAAUCUGUGGAGGCGCCCCGUCGUGCCCGAGAGGAAGUUCAACCAACUGGCUGAGGAGGAUGAAGGUGCUGUGUGUCAGUCUGUGUUGGACAGCGCCCCCUCCAGGCCCACAAGUGUGGUGAAGACCAAGGCUUCCUCCCUCAUCCUCAACUCUCUCAUCACCAAGCAGACUCAUGACAGCAUGCACAAGUUUGAGCAGAAGGCGGGACUCAGCGACACCAGCUACACUCCCCACAAAGGCCUCACCGCCGAGGAGACGAGACACCACCACCGCAUGCCAGAAUCCUUCCAGAAAAUGCAGAUCCAGAGCCUGGAGGCUCGGGACGAGCGCCAGAACUCGUCGGCCCAGUCCACGCCGUCCACCACGCCGCACAGCUCGCCCAAACAGCAGCGCAGGAGCUGGUUCAGCAGCACCAGCUCGGACGUCAGCGGGAGCUCCUCCAACAGCAGCGUGGACCUGGUAGGAGGCGACGGAGGAGGAGGAGGCGUGCUGGAGCGCUGGGGUGUAUUUGGACCGCGGCCCUUCGUGCACAAGUCCACCUCCGAUCUGGGCAACGAUCCCUCAGCGGCAGCAGGCUUGGCGCUGCAGGCGUACCGCGGCGCCCACAAGCCCGGCGCCACCGACGGCAACAAGUCGCAGGCGGCCGCCCGGCUGGCCGACGGCCCCGACGCCCAGAAGGCUGCCGCCCCGCCCAAGAUGGAGAUCCCGACGGUGGACGGGCGGCGCCAGGGAGCUCGCCCGCACAAGCUCAAGCCGCGCGACAUGAACAUCCUGACGCCCUCCGGCUUCUAGACGUCGUCAAGCUACACGAUUGGCCACCGCUCUAUGAAAGGUCACACGGUUUCCCCCUUUCACGUUACCAGCUUUCAAGCCGCUAACUUCCAUCGCAAAAAGGCAGCUCCGAUGUACAGUGGAACCUCCAAUUUGGAACAUAAUCCUUCUCAUUAUGGACCAAGAAGCAACUAGUAGACGUCCUUCUUAAAAAUGUUUCCAAUUGCCUUAAUGAAUCAUUUAAACCCUAAAUACAGUGUUCCCCUGCUAUUGACAUGGGAAUUGAAAACCCCCCAAUUUUGGUCAAUGCUUUGGGCUGAGCAGAAAAAACAGGCAGUAGGAGAGUUUUUCAGCAAAUAAUGGUGGAUAGAUUCCCCCCAAUAAAUCAGCGAAUCUGUGAGUAAAUAGCUGAAAUAGUUGAAACCCAAACUAUGGUCCUAAAACACUCAAUAUAAUUUUAAAACUCGUCUUACAGCAUUACCCUUAAAAAAAAAAAAAAAAGAAAGAAAAAAGGCUUCCAGAUGAUUUAUUCAGGAAAAAAAAUACAUGGAGAAUGCAAGGACACUGGAGUGUAUGUUGCCGCUUCAUCAAACUGUAAAAAAAAUAUAUAUAUAUUAUUUUGUUGUUUGUACUCUUACUAUGUUUUUGACUCAGUGUGCAUAGAUAUUCUUUUUUUUAUUUCUAUUUUAUAUUUUUCAUUAAGUAUUUUAAUAUCUUCAUUUGGGCACUUAUUGUACCUCAGAACAAAUGUUAACUUCCUCCACUAACGGUGUUACGUUCACUUUUGUAUUGAUUAAAUUAUUGUUUUCAUAUUCCAUUUAGCUCAUUAAAUAAUUGGUUUAUAUAUAUUCCAGAAAUAUGGAUAAAAUAACAAUAUGCCAAUUUACAAUUUUAAAUUGUAUUUAGUGAAUUAAUUAUGAUUAAUUAUAAAUAAUGCAAUAGCAUCUGUCUGUUUGAAAGAGUCCAACGUGGCCUUUACGCACGAAAUUUUGCCCAGCCGGGCUGUAGCGAAGUAUGCGCAGUUGUAACUCUCUAUUUAAACCGCCGUAAUUGUCAUUUGUAAAAUAGUGACCCUUAAUAAUGUGGCCAUAAUAACUUGAAAAAGUUACUGAAUAAUCCUGUUCUUUAAUUGCACUUUAUACUCAUCAUCCUGAUUCCAUGUAUGGUCUUGGUCCAGUCAAAUAUAUGUUAUUGAAGUAUACUGAGGUAGCAAAAAGGUGGUCUCAGGAAAAUGGCAGACUCCCUCACAUGGAGAUAUUCCACCAUUUUUUUAUUUAUUUUUUUUCUCUCCUCCCCACCUUUUUAUUAUUUAGAUGUUUUAAUGACUAGAUGUGUAGUGAAGACAUAAUUGAAGUAUGUUUGCUGUUUGGUUUUGUAGCCAUUGAAAUAGCCUACAAAGCAGCAAGGCUUGAUCCGGCUAUUCUUGAAACGGUUGUCAUAUGUGAAGCCUGUAUUUUUUUGUAUUUUUUAUUUUUAUUUUAGUAGCACUUGUUUUUGUUGUUGCACUUUUACUUAAAGUGGACCGAGUGGUGUCGCUGUUCUUUUUUUGUUUAGUUUUUGUUCUUCUCUUUAAAAGACAAAAAUAACAGCAGCCGUGAAUAUGAAAUGUCUUUUUGUCCUUGUCUAAAAGAGUUGGCAAAGUCCUCCAAGGGCCAGACUGAGGGGGGAACAAAAAAAAAAAAAAACACUCCCUGGAAAUGUUUAAAUCAUUUGCCCCAACAAAGGUUUCAUGGGUUGACACUGAUACUGCACAUAAAAGUUUCAUGAAAAUGUACCUAACUAAUGUUUGAAAACAAACAGUUCAAUAAGAUUUAAAGCAUAUGUAUUGUACUUAAAAGCUGAAUACAACUGAACUGUACUUAAAUGUUAAAAAAAAACCAAAAAAAAAGUGCAAUGUGUCCCACACUGAGAACCACGGGGAAUUUGUUCAAAUGACCCACAAUCCGAAUCGUAGAGAGAAGAGUGCAGCUUAAUUGCAAAGCUUUUUUGUCUACACCAUCUGUGUCGAAAGGUUCCGUUUGUUUAUUGAAUCGAAUUUCAUGGCCAGAAGAAAAUGCCCUUGCAGGCCUGUAUAUAAGACCCUCGUGCCAUAUGUUGCCCACCCCUCCUCUAAAUGAACUGAAGUGUGUCUCAAAAUGUGUUCGUUUUGUUUGUUUUGAUUCAUAGUGUCUGGAUAUGAUUUUUGUUUUCUUCUCUGACUGAAUUUGAGAAUAAAUGUCACAUUCUCACCACCCAAAA